CGGACGGAUAGUUCGACGAAGUUACUGCUGCUAGUUUGUUAAGUGAAAAUGAGAUUAUAUUUAAUUGUGUUAUUUCUUGCUGUCUUAAAAUCCAAUGAAGCCAAACUAACUACCUCCAAAGCAUCGAAAUCCAAGCCACCCCAGAAUGCCAUUAUCGCUAUUCAAAUAAUCGACCCAAAUGAAAACACAACGAGUGCUAAAAACUCAAAACGGACAAUAGAAUCCUCGUUGGGCUACGGCUACCAGGGGAGGCCAAAAUAUGAAACGUAUAAGUAUUCACAACAUGACAUUCCUCCAUACAAUCCAAACCAGUAUACGGCGCAAGCGGCAAGCUACCAUACCCCAAGUGUAGCGUCUAAACCCGUUCAAAAUGCAGAAGUUUCCAACUUUUAUCAACCAGGAACAAUUUUAUUUUCUACUAUAAAUCAGCAAGGGCAAUUAGGAGAGUUAUCUUCGCAGUUUCCAGAGUCUGUGGAAAAUUACCAGUAUCCUAUACCUGUUAUAAUUCUGAGAGUGCAUCCAGAUCAACUAGCAAAUCCUUUGUAUCCUAAAUUGCCUCAGAAUCACUUGCACGCGGCUGCCAUUAAUUCCAUAAACAUUAACUCACUUUUAUCAAACUAUAUCGGAAGCAAUGUAAAACAGCAGCCCGUUGUUCAGGAACAACCGACUGUUCAGCAGCAACCAAUCGUUUACCAACAACCACACCAAGAAGAAUAUCAGAAUAGUCAAGCGUAUGUCCAACCCCAAGCAGAGGCAGCGCAGUAUCAGUCCAAUGAUUACCAAGGUCAGGAUUAUCAGUCUCAAGAUUAUCAGUCCCAGGCUUAUCAGUCCCAACAGUAUUAUCCUCAGUAUCAGUACGAAGAGACCCAAGAUGUCAGCCAAAAUCAAGAAUACCAAGCUCCGCAGCAUGUUCAGGCUCUUCCAGAACCCAGAAUUCCGGACUAUGGUGCGAACUACCAAUAUUCCAGUUACCAGGUGCCUUCUCCAGUGUACCAACAACCUUCAGCUCCUGUUAAAAACUACAAAAGCGAAUUAUUAACCGACGAGAAUUAUCCUUCUGACAAACACACGCAAGUGAUAUUUAAACGAUCGAAAGGCAAAUCAUCAACUAGAAACCGACUCGCCGACAGAUCAGCCCCGCAAGUCCACUCUACAAAACCUCGCGUUUCGUCGCAUGAGAGUCAGCCCCAGGAAGAUCAAAAUGCGAAAUAUUACCAACAUAACACGAAAUAUUACACCAUCCGGUAUACCGAUGAUCAGGGUUACACUCGACACAAAACACCCAGUUACGGGGUAAAAGAGCAGGUUGAAGACGACAAACCUGUGCAGAGUAAAAAUUAUCUAUAUAUUUCCUCUAAUCCCACGUACAAUCCACAUGUUUGAUUUAUCGCGUUUAAAUUAGUGACAGAUAAAAAAGUGGCAUUCGGUCUCCCUCUUAGGAGACAGAUGUAUAGCUGCAUCAUCCAAGAUUCACGCACAUAAAUUAAUUAUGUUACAUAAGUCGGUAUUUCUCGAAGAUUAUAUCGACAUAAUAUUUAUUUUAUUUGUCAGCAAUUAUGUAAUUUGAUAAAUUUCUCCUAAUUAAUUUACUGACCUGUCAUAUUGUAGUCUAACUGAAAUGUGAAGGGAUCACAAUCUAUUUAUUGUACUAGUUACUUGAUUUUUAUAUCGUAGUUGUAAAUAUUAUUAUUUGUAGGAUAUUUCUGUAGUUGUAAUUUUUGUACUUAAUUAAUCAAUUAAAACAUAUUGCACAAAUAAUUUAGCUUGCAACUAUUGUC